UGCUUGUUUCAUUGGUUGUCGUUUAGCUACUAGUUGCCAACCGCUUCGCUACUUUAGCUAUUUCAAUUACAUUUUGCACAAUUUAGCUACAAACACAGAAAGGACUGUGUUUUUACUUGUUAUACGAAUGCGGAGAAUUGAACAUUGUGUAGAGCUAAACCAGACACUUCCCGAGCGAUCGUUUCAUGUUACUAACAUUGGUUUUGUGGCUCUUUGACGAAAGUAAUAGCGCUACGUGUUUAUUGUCAGUCAAGAACGAAAAUUAAUUGUAGUUAUUUGGUUCGUCGUUCCCUUCACAUUUGUAGGAUGUGGUCCGCGGUUAGGAGAUAUGUUGGAGUGACGCAAAACACGAAUGUGAAAUGAGCAAAUCGGCAAUGUGUUUCAUACUUCCAAAAGACACGUAGCGCUUGAUAUGUGUUGGGAAAAGAAGCAUACGCGUAUAUUUAAUGCGCGCGUUUGCGCUCCCUGAAGUCCUGCCUUCAGUCAGGAAGCCAAGAGCAGCAGCUCCCGUUAGUACAGAAGCUCACUUGAGUGGAGCAUCAGUAGAGAACGUGCGCACCACACACCGGCUCCACGCUCACCAUCAUCUGGUACCGACCUCCCGGCAAAAACGGAAGGAUAUGAGCUGCAGCUCCGCUUUUGACAAUUGAUUUGCCCACCAACCUCUUUCCGCGUGUAUGUGGAUUAACUUUGUGGAGGAUGCAGGCAGUGUGGCGGAAAAUGAGCGUAACUCUCGGUUCCCGUGGAUGAUGAUGUCCCACAAUGAACACAGAUUUCCAAAAUCCGCUGCAAGUUCCUCGACCAAAAGUCCGAAGUCAUUUGACCAUCAAAGUGCAUUCCAAACUGAUGUCAAGGCCUUGUCCUACUGUGAAUGGGUCAAAACCUCUUGUCGCCCCCAAGCCCAAAGCUUUCAAUGCAUUUGUACCACAGGAAGAGCAAUGCUCCUCACAAAGCCUCACUAAUGGAGACCUGCCUCACUCUAAUGGUGAAACAAGUCUUAAAAAAAAGGCUUAUAAAAGCCAAAACAAUGAGGGAAAAACUGAGACAGAGGAGAUCAAUAGCAUGACAGAUGGAGAGGUUACGGUCAAAACAGAUAAUGGGGAAAUAUUUGAUGCUAUUAAGGGCAUUGGCUCUGAAGACACAGAAAGAGCAGAUGAUGAUUUGACUGCAGACACCACUGAUGAUGAGAGUCUUGAUAAAGACUUGACUCAAACUUAUGGUGGUCAAAUUAAAGAUACUUCUGCUACUUUUUCACCUACAAAUCAAAGCAAGGAGGGCAUAACUAGAGAGGAUGAGAAACGCAACGAACAAGGGUUGAGCGGAAAGACUGAAAUACACUUAGAUGAACAUGUAAUAGAAGAACAACUUGAACAAAUACAUUCACUUAGUUUAGGUGAGACAAACUGUGUUAAAUUCAAGUUGCCCUCUAAUAGCAAUGAGCUCGAGAUUGGAAGAUUUGUAUUUGGAUUCCGCACACUCCCAACUGUAACUGAGGAGUAUCCCUAUGAUGUCAUUGGCCCCAAAGAUGAUACCAGUGAUGCAUGCGAGUCUUGUGAUCCAAUUGAAAGUGGGGAUGCUGAAGUAUGGCAGCCAGAACGGGCAACCAAAGAUGUCUCUGGGUGUUUUCGUUUCACAUCCAGUACUGAGGAUGUGUUCGGGCCAUAUUCUGUCAUUGAAUCUGUUCCAACAGGUAAAACCUCCACUGCUGACCCUGAGUGGAGGGAGGAUGAGACCAAUGAAAACCACUCUAAGGAUCAGCAAACAUCAGUGGCUUCAAACCAGGAGCCUUUCUAUGUGUUAUCGGAUGAUAUGGACAAACUCGAAGAUCAGCAACUGCUCACAGAUCAUACUGAGGUUGAGAUGGAAGCUGAACACUGCAUUCAACAUAAAGAACAAGCAAAGGACACCGAGUCAGCUGAUGAGUAUGCAGACAUUGAGGAUUCUUCCUGUCUCAAAGCUGAUGACUUUGAGCAGCUGGAAUGUAUCUCAUCAGAAGAUUAUGUGGAAAUAGGUGAUGAGGAUGAAGAGGAACAGACAGAAAAGAAACAAGUUAAAGGAAAAAGUAUAAAAGAGAGAACAACUCAACGAGAGCAGUCUUUCCUCAGUCAAAGAAGAAGCUGCCAACCUCGCCUCAGGUUGUGCAACAUCACUGUGCCAAAAGACUUAGACUUGGGCCGCACCCCAGAGCUCACCAACCGGCUGGUAUUUGCCCACACCACGGAGGCAUUUGAAGAAGAUAUCGAAGAACUUGAUUGCCACAUUGUGCCUUUUUAUGAGGACACUGACUCGGACAGUGAAGAGCAUAUUUAUGAGGAGGCUGGCUUUGACUCUGAGGGGGAGAACUUUUUGAACCUAGAUAAAAAGACUAUUGUGACACGUUCUCGCUCUUAUUCUGGGAAAGCUCCAGGUUAUGUCCCAGAGACUGUGCCAGAAGAGACAGGCACUGAGUACCAAACACACGAUUACUGUACAGUGUCCUUGGAUCAGAAUAGUGAGUCGAUCAACCAGUCCCAAACACCUGGAGACAACUCCCUCAAUCCAUCUACAAAAUCUCGUCACUUCCUUUUGUACUCCAAGUCUGCAGGGACUCCAGAAUUGUCUUUGGCUGACCAAUCUAUAAAUGAAGAGGUUAAUAGGAAAGAUGACACUCUUUCUCUCCCAUGUGUUAUGAAUUCCUCUGGAAGUUUCUCCCAACGUAGUCACAAAUCAUCCAGUGGUGUUUCUACCCCAACCUCUCUAGUAGACAUACCUCCACCCUUUGAACUAGCAUACAUUACCAAGAGACCAGUAACCAAGAGCUCCCCUUCCCUUUUGAUCCAGCAUGAACCUGACGACAAGCUCAAGAAGAAGAAAAAUUCCUUUAAACGCUUUCUGGCUCUUAAGUUCAAGAAGAAGACAGAUUCAAAAGGUUUCAGUGAUGGUUCUGUCCGUUCUUCUCGGUCAUCUUCUGAGUCCAGUCACCAUGGCCAUGCAAGAGUCAUUGAUCUUGACCGAAGAAGCACCUCCAGCUCCCCUCAGCUUCAAUCUCAUAUUGUAAACCCCCAGCAGCAUCACUCAGAACUGUCAUCAACUUUUGUCCUCUACAAAGAUCAUCAGAGGAGGAAAGGUGACCUAAAAGCUUAUGGCAGAGGUGUUUCCAGAGUUGAGUCUUUUGAGGAACGAUCGCAUCGCUCUGCCAUGCCGCUGCCUUUAACCAAGCCUCGCUCAAUCUCCUUCCCUAGUGCCGACACAUCUGACUAUGAAAAUAUUCCUGCUAUGAGUUCAGACUAUGAGAACAUCCAAAUUCCAGGCAGGCCCACCAGAUCACACACUGUAACAGAGUUUUUUGAGGAUCCAAAUCGCCAGACAGCUCCCUGCAAUGAGAAUGAUGGAUACGUGGACAUGAAUAGUUUCCCCGGGAUAGACAGCAAACCCGCAAAACCAGAUGCUGAAAGUGCCUACACAGAACCUUUCCCGCUGAGCUCAGUCUCUGCAGGGUCAGCUGAGGAGGAACAUGGACGUACCUCAGAAGAAGAAGAGGGUGCUUCUGAGCAAAGCUAUGAUCGACAAACUGAUGGGCGAUCCCGAGCGUUCUAUGUCGCCAAGGAGCUUGUUGAAUCGGAAAGACUACAUGUCAGUGCCCUCAAGUAUCUUCAAGAGGACUUCAGGCCAGCAGUGGCUGAGGCUGUGGGUGAGGAUGGGGGUCCAGUUCUGGAGGAGCAGAAGUUGGAGGAGAUAUUGGGUGUUCUUCCUCAGGUUUUAACUCUCCACAGCAGUAUCCUCAAUGAGCUGGAAGAGCGCAUUGAUCAAUGGGAGGAAUGCCAGAGAGUGGUGGAUGUGAUUUUGUCACAUCGUGAGGAUUUUGGGGUGUUUGAUACUUUCAUCUUUGAGUAUGAUCGGAGCAUGUCCUUACUGGAGGAGAGCUGCAAGGUCAAUCCAGUCUUCGCCAGCACUGUCAAAAACUUUGAGAGGAAAGGUUCAGAGGAGGCCCAAGUCCCACUGAAACACCAGCUGCUGCAGGUCAUAGUGAGGGUGCUGCAAUACCGCAUGCUUCUCACAGAUUACCUAAACAACCUCUCACCUGAUUCUAAAGAAUACGAAGACACACAAGCUGCCUUGGUGAUUGUGUCUGAGGUGGCGGACCAGGCCAACGAUAAUCUGAAACAGGGGGAAAACUUGCUGCGUAUGGUCCACAUAGAAUACAGCAUGAAAGGCAAGAGAGACCUCCUGAAGGCUGGCAGGAUGUUUGUUAAAGAGGGAACACUCAUGAAGGUCUCGAGAAAAAGCAGACAGCCCAGACACCUUUUUCUGAUGAACGACAUAAUGCUGUACACCUACCCGCAGCAGGAUGGGAAAUACAGGCUUAAGAACACAUUAUCCCUGUCUGGAAUGAAGGUGAGCAAACCUGCUCUUGACAACGUAUUGAACUGUAUUAAAAUCGAGGUGUCUGACAUCACCAUUACACUCUCUGCCAGCUCAGUUGGAGAGAGGGAGGACUGGUUCCACACAUUGAGUCGAGCCAUUGCAGACCACGCUGCGGGACUCUGUACAUUUGGAGGACCUUGUAAUGAGGCCCGUGAGAAGUUGUGGAUGGGUUUGGGUGAAGCAGCCCCUGUUCUUGUCCCUGUGUCCCAAGUGAUGAUGUGCAUGAACUGCACCACUGACUUCAGCCUCACUCUUAGACGACACCACUGCAAUGCCUGUGGCAAGGUAGUGUGCCGGGCUUGUUCCAGGAAUAGAUAUCCACUCAAGUACCUCAAAGACAGGGUCGUCAAAGUGUGUGACCACUGCUAUAAAGAGCUCAGGAAAAGAGGUGGCAGUUUGUCAGGGGCCUCCAGCAACUCAAGUCCGCCAACUCACCGGGCCAGUCGUCCCCUCUCUGCUGUUUUCCAAAGUUUACAGACGCCAAGUCUUUGGAAAAGUAGGAAGAGUGCAUCAUCCAUCAAUCAGUUGAAUCUCGGGGUGGACGGGUCCACCAUGAGCGGCAUUUUACAGCGGCGUAAGAAGAGCAAGAGGAAAUGGAAGCGGCUAUGGUUCCUCCUCAAAGACAAGGUGCUCUACACCUUCACAGCCUGUGAGGAUAAAGUGGCUUCCGAGAGUCUACCUCUGCAAGGCUUCACCGUCAAGAUGACUGAGAGGCCGGAGGGAGAUGACAGUAGCAACGUCUUCCAUCUCUACCACAAGAAAACCCUGUACUACACCUUCAGGGCUGAUGAUCAUCACACAGCACGCAGAUGGGUGAACGCCAUUGAGGAGGCUACAGUUUUAUAGCACCAGCUCAGUAUGAAACCAAAGGAUCCUGACAAUGGACAGUCAAUGGAAGAUAAUGUAGUUAUGUAUCAUUUUAGCACAGACGCUCCAUCCAUAUCUAAAUUACAACCUCCCUGUCGCAUACAUGUAUCUCAACACAUUGCUCACAGCUAAUAGUCCCACCUGGUAAGGUGGUAAAAGGUGGGGAGGUCCAACAUCUUGCUCAGCAUGUGAUCCAACACACAGCAUUUCCUUUCUCAGUCUGCCAAGCCUGGACAUGAGUGUCCACUCUUCAGAAGCAGCUAGUACAAUGUAACGUUUCAUUUUGUUCAUAUUUUGUUAUAUAAGAGCCAAAACGGUUUUCUCUCCAUCCAGUAAACUUUCCACACGGAUGAUAUUUUUCUACCUUUGAAAGUAAACACUGGGUUAUGGAUUCCAUUGUGUUCUGGAGUCUGGUUCCAGGUAUGAAUGUACUGUGGUCUCUCUCAUCCACAUAUACAAACACACAUUGUUGGGGGGGGGGGGUGCCACUUUACCAUUGUCAAGUAAAGUUUAAUCUGAGUAUAUAUAGUGAAGUAUUACAUCUGUAAUAGUUCUGUAACAAUGAACAUACUUUGCAUUUGUAGGUUUUGGAAAUUAAAUAAAUUGUUUCUCAAGUGCCAGUUUAUUUCCUCCGGUUACAUUCAGUGCUAUUUGCAUUUAAUGAUUUUUGUGCCUGAUAUUGAAUUAUGAUUGUUACAAUGUUAGUCACUACUGUAGUACUCUUAUGUCAGCUGAAGAAGUGUGCUUUUAUACCUGCUUAUAUAGAUUCCAAGUGUUUAGUAUUUUUAAAGUGUUCAGUUAUAGCCCAGGUAACUUGAUUGUGCUCUUCUUUUAGUGCUCGAUAUUAGUGCUCUAAAUAUACUGGUGAUCGAAAUCUUUUUUGAUUUAUGUGACAAAAAAUC